UAGCGGCUGUUGAAUUCAGUUAACGGGGCACGUCACGACGCCAUCACUGGCCAUCCCCACGCUGUGAUGCACCAACAUGCCCGAAGACGCACAGCUAUCACCGCUAACACUAACGUGGCAGAUGCUUCAGCCAGCCCAGACCGGUCAAACCCAAUUCGGUAGCCCGCCAGCUGCAGCCCGGCGAUAUUCUCGGCCUCUGAAGCUGAAGAACGGUUCGGGUUGUACCGAUACAUGGAGCAGUUCCGAGGAUGGGUGAGUAGGUUCUGAGGGGAGCAGGUUGCCAGGGAUGAGCAGGUUCUGGGGGAGCAGGCUCUGAGGGAGCCGCUGGCUGGAACCAUGCGAGCGUGUUUGGACCCCAUAGCCAUCCAGAUCGACGAGGCCAGCCAAGACGGCAACGCGUAGAUGCCCUCACUAGACACCAGCCGACAUGUCGUACACAAUCUACGCGAGCACCGCCGUCAAGCCGACCGGCACCUACGUCGGCCAGGUUCUCUCGGGCGGCGACACCGACAAGUUCGUCGCCGCCCUCGGCCCCGAGAGGAAGCUCAUCCUCGCGGCCGCACCCAAGGGAGUGCCGACCGAUCUCGAUGCGGCCGACGAGACAGCGCAAUGGUUUGCACAGAUGGACGCAGUUGCCUCGGUGCUUCUCACCGGCCCCGAGGCAGCCAAGGUCAUCACGUCUUUCCAAAUCGAUCUUGUCAGGCCGGUGCCCCUGUCAUUCAGCUCGGACUCUGACGUCCUGGUCACGGCCUUCGACUCCACCCCGAUCCCGGCUCCGGGCCUCAUCAAAGGCGGCGCCGUGUUGGUGUGCGGCCUUGACUUUGACCAGACCUUUGCCGACACCAAGGAGAUCAAGACCAACGUCGGCGGCCUGUUCCAGUUCGCCGGCAUACCGGACGCCCGCGACUUUCUGCCCGGCAAGAUCGCCGACAUACCCGUCAGUUUGAAAAAGUCUGACAGCGCCGCAAAGGGGCGGCGGAACGCGCUAUGGUUCACGCCGGCCGACUCGUACCAGACCAUCAUGCGGCUGCAGUUCAGCCUGGUCGACAGCACGUCACUGCAGACGGUCCUCAGCGGCGCCCUACCCGGCUUUACGCUCGAGAGCGCCGAGGCUGUCACCAAGCGCAAGUUGUCGCUGGCCAAGACGUCGGACGGUACCAUGCCCCUGAUCGACGGCCAGGUCACCUUUGCCAUCACCUGCUCUGUCCAGGCUGUCGACGGGCCCAAGGUCACCACGACGGCGGCUGUCGACUUUGCAAGCUCCGUAGUGACACUCACCUUCCUCUUCAACUCGGAAGCCCCCCUGGACGGCGUCUUGCUGUGGCUGGCCGAGCGAUCCAACGAGCCAACUCUCAAGGACGCGGUAAGGGAGCUGCUGAAUAAAGGAGAGAAAGAGCCGCUUGUUUCCCACCUAGCCCUCCGCCGGGUAAGCGUCGGCCUGGCCUCUGAAGAGACAGAGCCGAAAGAUAAGGGCCCCAGCCUAGCCAGCUUCAGCUUCGAUAUCGAGGCUCUUACCACAUUUGACACCAAGGACCAGCCCCCGGCCGCCUUCUUGCUGUCGUACUCCUGGAGCAAGGACGUGGGCGGAAUCGGGACCAUCCGCGGCCAGUUUUGGGGCAACUAUGACACCACUUCGACCUGGAAGUUGUCCCCCAGCGACGAGGAGUGGACGGUUUUGCUGCCCUCACUAAACACGCAGCCCGCCAAGUUCAUCUACCUGGCCCACGUCAUUCCCGGAAUCACAAUCGGCGACAUUCCCGACUGCGUGCCUAGCAAGAUCAGCCGCGCCUACAUCGAGCUCUCAAAGGACAACUUUGCCCUCGGUGGCGCCAUCACGGCCGAAACACCCACCUUGUCCAAAGUGCCGCAGCCGCAGCUUGGUGAGCUGUCUCUGGACGCCAAGUUCGCCUGGGGUGCUAGCACCGAAUUCCUCCUGGACCUACAGAUCCGCGCCGCGCUGUACCCCAGCGAGCACUCCAAGCACCCGGCGCCUGCCCUGCUCAGCGGCGCUCUGCACUACGAAAAGGUAAACGAGCAGAGAAUCUGGAGGCUCGGCGCGUCACUGUCGGGGCUCUAUGCCUCCACCCUGGCCGAGUUCUUUGACGAGGACUCCAAGGACCACGUCCUUCCCCUGAUAGACUCCAUCAUGGUCAAGAACCUGACGGUCGACUACACCUACGUGACGGUUGCCAAGCCUCUGGCGGGCGAGACGUCCAAGCCCUCAACCUCGGCUGCGAGCGAGCUCAAGAUUAGGGGCACGCUCCUGAUCUCCGUGUUUGAGCUGGCUCUCAGCUACGACUACAAGGCGGGCAGCUGGACGUUUGUGGCCACCGUGAACCCGCAGGACAAGGCCGCCACCAUCGGCGACGUCAUCAUGGGCCUGCUGGAUCUGGAGGACGAUCUCGAGCUCCCGGCCUUUGUCGCAAACACCCCGUUUGCAGCCAAAGCCGAUGCUCUGAAGCUCAGCAUCGUGAAGAAGAAGGAAAAGCCAGCCAUCACGGACGACCGCCCCACGGACUCGAAGCCCACGCCGUCAUCGUUCCAGCUCCUGCUUCGUCUCCGAUUCGGCGGCGACACCCUCGGACUGUCGCUUGCCUUUGCCCAGCUGCAGAGCACCGACUGGGGAGCCGAGGCGCGACCCAAACGCCUGGUCAAGGUGGCCCUGCUGGGCCUGCCACCCGUCGACGUGCCCCUGGUCGGCAAUAUUACGCAGCCGUUCGAUCAGCUGUACUUCCUCUGGGUCCAGGACCCGCCUCCCAAGAUAGCAUCCGCCAAACCCCGCGUGGCCGGCCUGACCCGCAAGGACAUUCAGCAGAUCAACGAGGGCUUCGAGGCGGACAACAAGCUGAUUGUCAAGGACAAGUUCAAGGAGAUGAACCCGGCCGACCUCUUGCUGGGCGCGGGAUGCCACGUAGCCGUCAUCACAAAGAACGACGCCGGCGAGAAGACCUGCCUGCUGUCGUACGAGUUCAUGAAGCCCAAGCCGGCGGAGCGUCCAGCCCUCUCCGGCAUGCACGCGCUCGCCGCCCCCGCUGCCGCUCCCGCCGCCGCCCCCGCCGAGGACGACAGCGGGUCCAGCGCGACGGCCCCCUUCAAGAAAAAGGCCGGCCCGCUGUCCAUCAGCAACAUCGGGCUCAAGUACAAGGACAAGAAGAUCCGCAUCCAGUUCGACGCCAUGUUUGAUAUGGGCCCGCUGGCCUUUUCGCUCAUCGGCUUCAGUAUCGGCGUCGACAUCAAGACCCUGGACGACCUGCCGGGCCUGGACGUGCAGAUCGAUGGCCUGGCCGCCGUGUUCAACAAGCCGCCCCUGACCAUCGCGGGUGUCAUCCGACACGGCAACACGGGCGAGCUGGACUACUACGCCGGUGGGCUGGUCGUCGGCUUUGUCCCGUACCAGUUCAUGGCGGCUGGCUUCUACGGCAACGCCACGCCCAAGGACGGGCCGGCAUUUACGUCCAUCUUUGUGUUCGCCAAACUCAACGGCCCACUCAUCACGCUCGAGUUUGCAGAAAUCUCGGGCAUCACGGGCGGCUUCGGCUACAACUCGUCGGUGCGGCUGCCGCGGCCCGAGGAGAUUACCCAAUUUCCGUUUGUGGAGUCGACGGCACUGUCCGGCGCCGACGACGUGCUCGACGUGCUGCUCCGCAUCACGGACCCCGGACCGGCGGGCUGGUUCAAGCCGCAAAACGACACGUACUGGUUCGCAGCCGGCAUGAAGAUCAGCGCCUUCCAGAUGAUCUCGCUAGACGCCGUGGUGCUGGUGCAGUUCGGCACGAGCGUCAAGCUGGCCAUCUUUGGCGUGGCCGUGGCCGACAUACCGACGGCCGCGUCGCCGCUCAAGUACGCGCACGUCGAGCUCGGCAUCGGCGUCGUCGUCGACUUUGACUACGGCGUGCUCAAGGCCGAGGCGCAGCUCAGCCCGCGGUCGUACGUGCUGCACCCCGACUGUCACCUCGUGGGCGGCGCCGCGCUGUACUACUGGUUCGACGCCCCGCGCGCCGACCCGAGCACCGUCGGCCAGUUCGUCUUUACCCUCGGCGGCUUCCACCAGGCCUUUGAGGUGCCCGUCGGGUAUCCCAACCCGCCGCGGCUCGGCAUCAGUUGGCAGGUUGGCAGCUGCCUCAGCAUCUCAGGCCAGGCCUACUUUGCCAUUACACCCAAGGCGUGCAUGGGCGGCGGCCGCCUUAAAGCCGUGUUCCAUGCCGGGCCCAUCAAGGCGUGGUUCGACGCAUGGGCCGACUUUCUCAUCAACUACAAGCCGUUCCACUUCAUGGCCGAGGCCGGCAUCUCGGUCGGCUGCGAGUUUGAGGUCGACCUCGGUUUUGUCAGCUUCACGCUGGGGGUCGAGCUCGGCGCCCGCCUGUACCUCUGGGGGCCGCCUGUCGCCGGCCGCGUCCAUGUCGACUUUUGGGUUGCCAGCUUCGACAUUGACUUUGGCGACAGCGACGCCAAGUGGCAUGCUGUCGGACUGGUGCAGUUUUACGAGCUCGUGCUGCAGGCCAGCGAGAAGAAGCCGGCGGUGGCGUUGGCGGCGCCCAAGGCACUCAUGGCAGACGUCGAGGAAGAGAUUGUCAGCCCGAUGGCCGCGGCUGCCCAGCCUGCCGUCCCUGCCGUCCCUGCCGUGCCCAUCCGGCCCAAGAACGAGGGGCACGUCUUUCUCCCGCAGUCUGGUCUUCUGAACCCGUCCGAGGACUACGAAAAGCAGCCUAAUCCCGAGUGGGUGGUGCGGGCCGGCACAUUUUCGUUUGUCAUCGGCUGCAAGAUGGCCGUAAACUACGUCAGACUCGACCGGGUCGGCGACUUUGACCCAGAGGCAGAGGACGACGGCGUCACAGAUCUGCUCAUGACAUACGGCUCGCCCGACGCAGGCCUCGACGUAUUCGGGAAGCCUAUGCGCCUACUCACCCCCAUGGAGUCGACCUUGACCUUCCAGAUCUCCCAGGACAAGGUGGCGGGUGGCCAGGCGCGGUGGCGUGUCGAGGAGCACAUCAAAUCCGUGCCGCGGGGACUAUGGUCCAAGUACAAACCCGGCGAGGACCCUACCGGCGGCAACAACAACGUCGGCGAGUUGCUCAAGUCGUCCGACGGAUCGAUGCCGCUGUUGAUGGGCGUGCUGGUGACGGCGCCCAAGCCCAUCAAGUCGCGCGACAAUCUUCCGGUCUACAACAUUGCCGACGCGACCCUGGUGCGCCUGACGGCCGAAAAGGUAUUUCCCAAGCCGGUCGCCUCCAACGCAGACUGGGAGCCCACCGAGCCUCUCAAGGAUGCUGUAGAACACUACGGUGCGGUGCUCGAGGCAUGGAAAAAGCCAGCCCUCGGCAGCGACGGCCGGCGCGGUUUCGUAGACAGCUGGGCUUCGGCGUUUGGCUGGGGGCAGGACAGGAUGGCGGGCAAGAUGGCGACCAUGCCCAAGAAGAUGAGAAGCCGGUUUGAGAAGCUAUAUGUAGCAGCGCCGCUGAUGACGGCGUAAAUGUAGUCAAUAUUUGUCGCAGAAGUUGGCGACGUGCUCUACAUGGCGACGUUGAAUUAAGGUGUGCGUCUCGGGAAAACUGCCCUGCGGGGUCGGCAGUGAGUCGGGCAGAGCAGUGGCACAGCAUCUUCUGGACACGGG